AUGACUCCGAAUGCGAUUCACCUGCAACCCAUGAGCCGCCAUGCACCAGACCCUAGCGAUCCGAGCUCGAACGGGAUCUAUUGGGUUUACAUCUCAGCUCAUAGCAACUCUGGAAACAUUGCCGAUGAAAGGGUUCCUAUUGAGCAGCAACAGACUCGAGUUAGCGUGGCGGUUCCUCAGCAACGUUCUGGUGGUAACCCAACUCGACGAUGGAACCGAGAGCUUAAUAACGCAGCUUGGCAAUAUACCAAGUGUGCUCUCUUAUUUUUCACCGCCAUCCUUAUUACAUGGGUUCCGUCAAGCGCCAACCGUGUUUACUCCGUCCUAAACACCAAGAGCACGUCUGUCCCGCUCGAGGUCAUAAGUGCCUUCAUACUCCCUCUCCAGGGCUUUUGGAAUGCGCUUAUCUAUAUGAUCACUUCAUGGAGUGCAUGCAAGAAUCUAUUCACUGACCUGCGACAGGGCCGACGUCCACAUUUAAUAGAACUUAUGGACGGCAUGGCGCCCAAUAUUAGUAGCAAUCACCAUCCUCGAAGACAUAACCUCCCCCAAUUCCAGACAAACACGACCUCGAAUAAGUUCGAGACAGAAAGUAUGACGGAAUUAGCUAACGAGAGCCGGCUAACCUCAGAUAAUGGACAGCAAGACCAUAUUGACGUAUGA